CGGCGUUCACACUCGUCAGGACCCCGAUGGCCCCUAACCAGAGGGACUGCGCUACCCAGACGACCAGUCUAGGCUUCAAGCUCCCCUAGCGAAGGCAGGACCCCGAGAGCCUGCUCCUGGAAUACCGCAUUGUUUUCUAAUUUCCAACAAGAGAGAGAAAGGGGACGAUGCUGAUGAUGCGCCCGCGAUGGUGGAUUUCCCUUUUGUGCGUCUGUGGAUUGAUGCACGUCGGUCAUCAGAGCAGCACUAAUGCCCAAAAAGCAGACGCCUUGUCGAGCUUGAAGGCUCUUCGUGAUGCAGCCAGGUUUGUCGGGAAGGAGGACACGGUGCCUCUCCGCCUGUUCUACAGCCGGCACAACCACAGCCAGAUCACGGAGGAUGAGCUCAGCACCAGGGUCAAAGCCAGCUCCGGCUCCACUCAGGUGAACCAUGUGGCCCAAGCGAGCUUUCAAGUCGACGCUUUUGGCAGGAAAUUCGUCUUGGACGUGGAACUGAACCAUGAUCUGCUGUCGUCAGGGUACGUGGAGAGGCAUCUGUCGGAGAAAGGGAAGACCGUCGUCACCAGUGGAGGAGAGCACUGCUACUACCAGGGGAAGGUCAGAGACGUCCCUCACUCCUUCGUGGCCGUCUCAACCUGUCACGGAUUGUCUGGGAUGUUUUUUGAUGGCAAUCACACCUACAUGAUUGAACCUGGUGGACAGGGCAGCAGCAAUGGAGAUGUCCACAUUCACAUGAUAUAUAAAUCUGCAAGGCAUGAUGGAUUUAAUGAUCUCCUCAAAGGUGAUUUUCCAGAGCCGCCUUUUCCCAGUCCUCCGUUUCCCGGGUCAAGAGUUGUUCACAGGAGAAAAAAGAGACAGGCUCCACAUAUGUCACACAAUGAGACCAAAUACAUUCAGUUGAUGGUGAUCAAUGACCAUUUAAUGUACAAGAAGCAUCGGCUUUCCGUUGGACACACAAAUAACUAUGCAAAGUCAGUGGUCAAUAUGGCUGACAUGAUUUUCAAGGAACAGCUUAAUACCCGGAUUGUGCUCGUUGCCAUGGAGACAUGGUCAGCUGACAACAAGUUCAACAUUGAUGACGACCCCAUGGUGACGCUGAGGGAGUUCAUGAAGUAUCGAAUAUACUUCAUCAAGGAGAAAUGCGACUCCGUUCACCUCUUCUCAGGGAAUCGUUUCCAUAGCAGCUGGGGAGGAGCAUCCUAUAUGGGAGGAGUUUGCUCCCUGGAUAAAGGGGGAGGAGUCAAUGAGUAUGGUAAAACAGAUGAGAUGGCCAUAACCCUCGCUCAGUCUCUUGGACAGAACAUUGGCAUCUUCUCUGACAAGAAGAGGAUCCUCAAUGGCGAGUGCAAGUGUGAAGAUCGUUGGUCGGGCUGUAUCAUGGAUGAUGUUGGUUUCUACCUGCCCAAGAGGUUCUCCGACUGCAACGUGGAAGAGUUCCACAACUUUCUAAACAGCGGUGGAGGAGCCUGUCUGUUCAACAAACCUCUAAAGCUUUUGGACCCUCCGGUGUGUGGAAAUGGCUUCAUGGAGCCAGGAGAGGAGUGUGACUGUGGCAGCCCAGCGGAGUGUGCCAGCGAGGGGGAGGCCUGCUGCAGCAAGUGCACUCUGACCCAAGGCUCCAAGUGCAGCAAUGGACUCUGCUGCAACAGAUGCCAGAUGGAGUUCAUGGGAGUCGUGUGCAGAGAUUCAGUGAACGACUGCGACAUCCCAGAAAACUGCACAGGCAAUUCCAGCCAGUGUCCAACAAAUGUGCACAAGAUGGAUGGCUACACUUGUGAAAAGGACCAGGGCCGCUGCUUCAAUGGAAGGUGCAAAACCAAAGACAGACAGUGCAAGUACAUUUGGGGAGAGAAGGCAACAGCGGCUGACAAGUUCUGUUACGAGAAGUUAAACAUUGAAGGGACAGAGAAAGGCAACUGUGGGAAGGACAAGGACACCUGGACCCAGUGUAACAAACAGGAUGUUCAUUGCGGGUACCUGCUGUGCUCCAACAUCUCACCUGCCCCGCGACUGGGAGAGCUGCAUGGAGGGAUGACCUCUUUCUCAGUAGCCCGGCACAGUGCUUCUCUGGACUGCAGCGGUGCCCACGUGCUGAUCGAUGGAGACACUGACCUGGGGUACGUCGAGGAUUGGACCGCCUGCGGGACAGACAGCAUUUGUUUUGAUCACAAAUGUCUCCCCAUCCAAACGUUCAACAUCAGCACCUGUCCCGGGACCACGGACAAGACCAUCUGUUCUGGACACGGGGUGUGCAGUAGUGAGCUGAAGUGUGUGUGUUACCUGGGAUGGGCAGGAGAAGACUGUAACGCCACGUCUCCCCUCAGUUAUCUUGUGGUCGGACCCACUUCUUCAGUCUCAGGUAUCAGCAGUACCAACAUCAUCAUCGGGGCCAUCGCAGGCUCCAUCCUCGUCCUCGCCCUUGUUCUCGCUGUUACAGCCUGGUGUUACAAGAGCUACAAGCAGAGAUGCUAUGUGGAGUCUGAAGUUCAUCGAAGAUUCUGCCGGCAAAUGCCCCCAGGUGACUAUGUAACGAAGCCUGGGGAUGCAGAUUCCUUUUACAGUGACAUGCCUCCAGGUGUCAGUACAAACUCUGGCUGCAGCUCCAAGAAGAGGUCAGCCUGCCUGUCGCAUCUACAGAUUUGCACUCCGUCCUUCACCCCCUCCUUCGCAUCCUUUUCUCAGAACAUCUCACUGUUUGGCUUCAGAUCUAAUGGACUAUCCCACUCGUGGAGCGAGAGAAUCCCAGACGCCAAAAAAAUCUCUGACAUCUGUGAAAAUGGGCGACCGAGGAGCAACUCAUGGCAAGGAAAUCUGAGCGGUAAUCGCAAGAAACUCAAAGGAAAGAAGUUCCGUGCUCGCUCCAACUCCACAGAGUAUUUAACCCCUCGCUUCAAAGAAUUAUAUGAUGUAACUAAAUGGGUAGAAGAUGUGAAUAUAAACACUCAAGGACCUUGCCUUAGGACGCUAUCCCCUGCCAAGUCUCCCACUUCCUCUACAGGAUCUAUUGCAUCCAGCAGGAGAUACCCGUACCCCAUGCCCCCUCUCCCCGAUGAGCAGAGGAAAGCCAACAGGCAGAGUGCCAGGCUGUGGGAGACUUCAAUAUAACAGCCUUCUUGCCCACCGAGUCCUCAAGGAACUACACUCGUCUCUCCUUUUCUAGGAAUGAAAAACAUACAACUGAAACAAAAUUGACUCUAAGUGAUGUUAGAGAAACAGAGCGAGCCCCCCCACUGGAGUGGAAAUAGGCAACGGUGUGUGUGAGUGAGUGUGUACAAGCAUCUCCGAGGCUGUCUUGCCAGGCAGCGUCAUCCAGCGGAUCUCUACAAGAUGAUGCAGAUCGAAUGCCGGCGGAGAAACCAUCUCCACAUCCACUCCAGACCAGCUGGAGCUCAGACUGAGCUGUUCCUGUCCGCUCAGGCCUCAGCCCUAGGACUGGAAACCCCCUCUACUCUCACCCCUGCACCUGUCCUCAAACAUCUACUCGACCUUUACAUCCUCUCUUGAUAGACUUCAUUGCCCCUCCCCCCAUCUCCUUGUUUCCAGCGAGAAGAAACAAUGGAGCCAGGAGCAGGUCAUCGUAUCACACUGCAUCUCUGGACUUGUUGGAUCAUUUUGACGCACGUGAAUCACUGUAGAAACUCCAACACUGUAUGCAUGAGACAACCGUUUAUCAACAACUUCCUCCGACUGAAAAGACACGAAGAACAGUUGUCCAAUCUGAGAAGAAAGCAUGCGAGGGGGCAGUGAUUUUAAUACCUUCUGCAGGCUUAGAUGCUUUCUCUCUACUAUAGGUAAACCAUAUGUAUCAUCAGUUAUUACCCAUAACCCAUGACGUGGGCCCCGUCCUGCCCUUCCUCCCUUCAGUAUAGUAUGUUUGUGCGUGUGUAAAUAUGUACAGUAAAAAUACACACAGAGUAUGUUUUUGCUUUUACUUUGAAAGAGGAAACGAGUCUCUUCCUGCUGUGUUGUGUUGUAAGGCAGAAGUGGAUCUCUGUAGGUAAGCGUAGGAGAACCGCAAUCGUUUUCUGUCUGUGUUUCUAUUUUUCGUCCAGAUUAUUUUCCGCCCUCUGGCUUUUUCCUGUGUGACUGUGACUUCUAAAAGCUUUUUCCAUCCACAGCCGAAUGUAAAAGUGUUUUAAUAUUAUCUUAACACUAGUCUCCAUCCAUUUCUGGGAGAAAUACACUCAUCCAGUAAUGCCUGAGGGAAAUAUUGAUAACAAUGUUGAUUGUGGCACAUUAAGAAUUAUGCUAGAAGCGGUUGUUGAUGAGUAUUAUUUAGGACAACUUUAAUAGUUUUAUGUGCUAUUGAAGUGUCAGGGAUGUGUUUGGUGUAGUUGUAGACGUGCCACUUUUAACUCAUGGAGGUGAUUGGAAAUUUGAAAAUGAUAAUAUUAAGAUGUUAGUUCCCCCUUGAUUCUACAUUCGGGUGUUGGGGACCAGCGUGCUCCCAUUUUCACCGUGGCAGCACAAGUCGCUCAGAUGAAUGUGAGAAUAAGAAUAACGUGAGUGCAGUUGAUGACCUCACUCGGGCGAGGAAUCUGGAAACUGAUUGAAAUGUGCAUUUUGGAUUAAGCUGUAAUGAAUGAGAUAUUUAGCCUUGUAAAUGAUUAACUAUGCGGUGCAGUGCUUGCUGUUUGAGCUUGUGAAGACCAGCAGCAUGACAGUUCUAUAAUCUAAUGAUUUUAUUUCUCUGGCAGGCUAUUUGUGAGACCGUAACGGGAAACAAGCAUGUCACUAAAAGACUCGUUCCCCUCGUUGCCUAUUAGCUGUUGUCUAAACGGGUUUCUGAUCCACAGACUACACUGCUCAGCAAAGUUGGGGCAAUCUUUGGCAGGAUGUUAAAAAAAUAUUCAGAAUGGGGUUUUAGUGCUAAUGUGAUGCCAGUGUAGCUAUUUAAGGUGGAUUUUCAUGGAAACUACUCCCAUCUCACUCCCCAAAAGCAAGUCAUUUGUACAGUUACAACUCUUUGUUCUACCUUGUGUAGAAAUUGUUGUCUUAAGGCCUCCUGUUUGUCAUUUUACUGUUCUUUUGUUAUUGUUCCGGUGUGUGCACUUAUUCAUUUGUAAUUCAUGUGCGUUAGGACUGUAUAGUUCAUAAGAUCUUCACAGUAUUGGACUAAUGUUGCUUCUAGUAUCUUUUUUUAUUAAGUACCUUUGUAAUGUUCACUCUUUUCUCAGCGUUAUGUACAGCAACAAUUCAAACAGUAAUUAAGUGCUUUAUUGUAAUUAUGUGUGUUGAUGAGUUUGAAUGGAGACCGUUUUUUUAAACCUAUUGUCCCGGGGCCAAUAGAAGCAGUCGUCCCUCUGGCAUGUGCUAAUCUGUAACAUAAGGUUUGGACACACGUAAUGUUGAACAUGAGAUCUAUAUGGGCUCAUGAUUUGCCUUCGACCAGAGCGGUCUUAUUUGCUCUGGUCUUCUUAAAAGUAUUUGUGGCGUCUCGUGGCCCAGUCGUCUUCCUGGGCUACGCCAAGGCUUGCGGAGAGCGUCUCAGAUCUUUGAGUAAUAUUUUUAACAUCAUAAUACUGUCCAACAGCAAAACAUUUCUCCUGGUGUUUGGGACAUUGCACUAUACGACAUUCUGAUGACUCUCCGCUCAGGAUGGGACCACCUGGACUGCAGUCAAUCCUCUGAACAUAUCGGCCGUGCCUGCCUGCGCACGGCUGGACAGACCGAUCCUAACAGGACCACCCCUCAGAUGAGCGGUCUGUCUAUCUGACCAGAGUUGAAUGUAUUCAUGUACCACCCAGUUCAACCAUGUGGUCCCAUUCUGCCAGACACAUCAGCACCCUGCUGCAGCAACCCACAUGUAGUAGUUCAAAUCUAAUCUGCUGUCUUUUUUAUCUUUAUUUAUUAAUUUUGCCUGAAUGCUGUACAGACUGAUGAUGCAAAAAAUCAAUCCCCAUAUUUGCUCCUCUUAAUCAUUCAGUAUUGUAAUAUAUUUAAUAUAAAAUAAAACUUUCAUCAACA